UUCAGUAGUACAUUUUGUAUUAUUUCAGUUGUGAAAUCAAUAUUUUCGUUUUUGUAAAACUGGAAAUAUACACCUAUCAGAAGACAAAAUAAAGCAUGACUCGAAGAAUAAGAACGGUUAUGAUAGACCUCAGUGGAACACUUCACGUAGACAAUAACGUCAUACCAGGAGCUGUGGAAGCUUUAGAAAGGCUACGGAAUACCAAUGCAUCCAUAAAAUUUGUCACCAACACGUCAAAGGAGUCGAUGAGAUACUUGCAUGGUCGUUUAAAUGAAAUUGGGUUUGAGAUCGAUAAAAAUGAAAUCUUCAGUUCGCUCAACGCAGUCAAACAAGUAUUGAUAUCUCGCCAACUAAACCCUCUGUUGUUAAUUGAUGAUGCGGCAAUGGAAGAUUUUACAGACCUUGUCAAAGACAGUCCACAAAAUGCUGUGGUUGUUGGAUUGGCACCUUCCAAAUUUCAUUACCAUGAAUUAAACAAAGCCUUCAGACUUCUUUUAGAAGGUGCAUCAUUGAUAGCUAUCCACGAAGGACGAUACUACAAGCGUGAAGAUGGCCUGGCAUUGGGACCUGGACCAUUUAUAAAAGGCCUGGAGUAUUCCUCAAAUAUGAAGGCUGAGGUAGUCGGUAAACCUACGGCUGAAUUUUUCAAAGCAGCCUUAGGAAGUACGAGGCCAGAGGAAGCAGUUAUGAUAGGCGAUGAUGUGAGAGACGAUGUGGCUGGGGCCCAAGCAGUAGGGAUAAGAGGAAUCCUUGUGCAGACUGGAAAAUACAGGGAGGAAGACGAAAACAAGAUAUCACCAGCACCGUACAAAGUAUGUUCGUCGUUUGUAGAAGCUGUCGAGGCUGUCAUACAAGAAAUGUCUUGAGCAUUUGGGUUCAUCAAUUGCGAUUUAGGUAAAAAAAAAUUAAUUCAAGAUUAAGUCAAUAAACGGAGCCUGAA